AUCUAAUUUCAAAAUGGCGUUCAUGGGCUGAGCGUCAGAUGACAAACAUCUGAAGAAUUUCUACAAAUACAACACGAUCGGACGCUUAGACUGCUGUAGAAUAACGCACGUGUGCAUGUUUUAACACGACGAACCAAUCAAGGGACACCUCAAAGGGGCUACGUUCAUCAGAAACUUAUAUCUUCCGAAAUGGCGCUUCGCAACUUCUUUGAUUCGAAAAUCCUAGCACUCUCUGUUUUGGUCCUUCUUAUUGCCACAUUAGUUUCCGUGCUAUGUGCCCUGCUGCCAUUUUGGUUCCGACUUCAUUUCGACGCGGCUGAUGCGACGUAUGGCUCAAUGGGUGAGCGAGAGGCGGAACUACAGAUCGGUGUGUUCUGGAUGUACAAACCCAACAAGCCUGGCCCCGAGCGAACCAAGGUGCUCAUGACCAGCCUCGUUGCCCUGGGGGAGGCCACAAAUCUGCAGGUGGAACCAGGAUGGUUUAAGGCUGGCCAGGUGUUCUACUGUAUUGGAGUAUUUGGCAUCGCUGCUGGCUUUGGCGGUUCUGCCAUUCUUGCUCUACGAGAGUUCGGAUCCCUCACAGGAAGCUUGGGUCUUUCUGUAUUCACUCUCAUUGCAGCAAUUUCACAGGUGAUCGCCGUUGUGUUUCUUUUGAUCACAAGCAUCAGUGGCAAGAGCACAUGGCACAUGCUCCCUCUAGAAGAUCCAUACCGAGUCGUCAUCACUUCCUACCCUGAAAUGAACCUCGAUUGGGGAUUCUAUGUUGCUGUUAUCGGCGCUGGGCUCUCCAUCUUCGGAGCUGUCCUCCUUAUUAUUGAAUCACUGAAACUCUGCAAGAGUAUUGAAGAUAUCCGACGCCGCCAGUUGACAACGAAACCCAAACCAGAGCCAUACCCAGAUAUCCGCUACAGCCGUUUCACGUAUGCCGAUGUUCCCCGUCCCCAAACUGGGUACCCCAAAGAAGGGUACUCCCAAUCUCAUCACACAGGGAUGGUGUUGAGCCGAGCACCCCCACAGCAGUUCAUCGCUCAGCCUCAGCCCUCUCCCCAGCCCCCUCGGUACGGGGACUACCAGCACUCCCCCCAACCCAUGCGAAGCUACAACCCUGAGCCAGGCUAUGUGUCACGUCAAGUAGAGUUGUAAGAAGGCAACUUUAUUGUUAAGCUGGGUUUCAGGAAUUAAUUUGUGAGGAUAUCAGAGGCCAUAUAAAGACAACUUUAGAUUUGUAAGGUAUGUAAUUUUACCGUACAUUACCCAUAUUGAAAAAUGAAAAAUAUAGUAUUUGGGACUAUGUGCUUCACUGUUUGAACUAAGAAUAAAACUUAUUGGUUAAACUAUAGGAACAAAUGUUGAAUGAUAUCCUGCACCAUAAAUAGGUGAAUUUAUUAGUGGUACAUGUAUAUUGUUUUCUAAAAAUUAUAGAUUCAAUAUUUAAAGAUAUUGCAAGGGGAGGCAAUUUUAAGACGUACAUGUGUUUGGAUAUCUAAGAACACAACAUUGUCAGUAGAAUAUCUUUUGGUAAGUAGAUUGAUAUAAGAUUUGUAGGUACUAGUUUGGGAGGAAGUGCGUUUGCUGCUGUAAUUGUCAACACAGUUGUUAUAUCACGAGGAAUGUACAUAACAUUAUCAACAUCUAUUGAUAAUUUUAAUUCUGAUGUUGAUUUUGGAAACUGUAGAGAUGUCUACAUCUUGCUCCUUUUUUUUAUUGUGUCAUUCUCCAAAAAUAUUUUUAAAUUGAUAUAUGUUUUUAUUUCAAAUAGUUUUACAUAAAAAUCUCAUAUGAACAUUCCAUUUAUCAGGUUUUAAUUCUUUCCAUCAUUUUGACUUAAAAGUUGAUGUUGAUUCUGUACAUAGUUUUGUAUACACUUGUAUCCCACUAUACCCAUGUGUUUUAAAUCAAAUAAUUAGCAUUAUUAUGAGAAUGAGAAUUCAUGGUAAAAUGAGGAUAUUCAUUCCUUGUUUAUUUGUUUGCAAAAUUAAUGGUUUGAUAUUUCUGAAUUUUAAACAUAAGAAUUUUUAUAUAAUUGCUGUUUUAGAAAUGAAUGCUUGAUCAUUUUUAUUGUAUAUUUGCUAUCACAAGUAUGACUUUUAUCACAGUAUCAUUGAUCUAGAUUGUAUAGUCUUGCCUUACUUUGUGUGUAAGUCACCAAUAAGUGGUCUUGCCAUAUCAAGCAACAGAAAAACUGAUCAUUUGUCAUAAUAUCAACCUUUGGUUAUCCAAUGAAUUGCAUCUCCAGCCUGUUACAAUAUAUACUACCCUACCAUUCACCACGGAUGCUUCUUAAAGUAGUCAUCCAAUGAAAUUCAACACCAUGGAACUUUCUGCUAUGAUAACAUUGAGAGAGAAUGGGAUGCUGAGGUCACUUCCUAACUGAGAAAUGCAACCAGGAUAUAUAAAGUGAUAGAAUGGGGAUAUAUUACGGUGGAUAAUCAAGGGUACAUUAUGUCAUAUAUAUUUUAGUACUCAUGAAUCAUUCCGAAAUUUUGUAAUAAAAUAUUUUAUAUUGA